CUUUGAGCAUUUGAAGGACAAAAAUGUUCUGCAUUGUCACGGCUAUAUGUUUCUUCUUCGCUCAUCUGGAUUCUCCUGUCUGAGGUUGCCGAGAUCAAAAUCGUCCAAGACUAACUUUAUGGGACCACGUGAGACAAAAUAAUUGGUUUCAUCCGGUUCUUAUCGGAGGCACUAGUAAGGCGGAUCAUACUACGACUCACCUGCGACUUUUCUCAUGAUCCUACAGGUUUAUGUAUACGACGACGCGAAUUAUGAGCAAACUCUCGAACUCAUCGAGAACACCUCACCUUAUGCACUGACCGGCUCUAUCUUUGCCGCAGAGCGCAAGGCCUUCCUGACUGCCACAAACAAGCUACGGAACGUUGCCGGCAACGUCUAUUGCAACGAGAAAUGCACUGGCGCGGUCGUGGGUCAGCAACCCUUUGGAGAACUUGAAGAACGAGCGAGUGGGACCAACGACAAAGCUGGGAGUAUCAGCAUCUUUUACCGGUUCGUUUCGGCCAGAAGCAUAAAGGAGAAUUUCGUGGGCCUGGAGGACUUCCAAUAGCCGUCGAAUUUGAUUUGAAAUAAUUAGAAUCACGAAAACAACGCUAGUCGUAGAAGUUGUAUCAAUGAAAGAAUCAUGUUGUUACCUGUAUUCGAUGUGGAGGGCGAGUUUUAAAGUAUCCUGAGCAACAGGGAAGAGCACUAGAGCAGCAAUCCAUCGCCAUCUCGCCUCCUCGUGCUUUCGUUACUCUCUGGUACUUAUGACGCGAACUGGAUUUGGGAGCCUUGUGUUGUGCUCUUGCCGAAGCGAUCACGAUG